CAGCACACCUGGAACACUGAUUCUGUCAGGUUGACUGACUGACACUGGCAGUAAUGGGCAGAUCUGCAAUGAUUCCUGCUUCCGAGUCGCCACUCACAAUCCAACUCAAGUUCGAACGCCCCAACUGCUUGUUACUGUGACCUGUUCUGUCUGCGUCGGCCUAUCUGCUGUAUCACCAGCGUCCGGACCUUUGUCUUUGAACGGCUCUACUAGAGUAACUCAAUUGGCGGUCGGUCAUCGGUCUAAUCGUGCGCAUUGAACACGACAAGAUUCUGCUGCCUGCUUCGUUACUACCUGGUCGUCGCCAACCUGCUGUCAUGGGUCUCUCGUCUUCGAAAACAGUUGACCAGCCAGAGGUCUACGCCACCCCGUUGCCUGCGGGCGCUCCUAACAAUAGACCGCAAUCGCACUGGAAGUCGUAUGACUAUGUCAUCAUUGGUGGAGGCACGGCCGGUUGCGUCCUCGCCUCUAGGUUGUCGGAGGACCCGAACGUCACCGUGCUUGUAUUGGAGGCAGGCCCGAGUCAUGAAAGCCAGCUAAUGAGUCGUAUACCCCUCGGGUUUUCCAAGUUGCUCCAGAGCGAAUGUGACUGGGACUACGAGACCACGUCGCAGCCCAACCUCGAAGGUCGUUCUCUAUCAUGGGCGAGGGGCAGGAUGUUGGGAGGGACAAGCGGAUUGAAUGCGCUGGUCUACCACAGAUCCGCUCCGGAAGACUUCGACAACUGGGUGAGGCUCGGGGGCGAAGGAUGGGGAUACGAGACCAUGCGGAGAUACUUCGACAAAUCAGAGACGGUUGUCUCGGAUCCGAGUGCCCCCGUCGACGCGUCGGUGCACGGACAGUCUGGGCUUUGGAAAGUCCAUAGCUUCCCGAUCACGACAAUCUCGACGAAGUUCAUCGAAGCAGCAGAGCGCAUUGGUAUUCCGCGCAGGCGGGAUCUCACGACAUCCGAGGGCACGAUUGGGGCUGGCCCAUUCAUGACCUUCAUCGACGAAAAGGGUGAACGCAGCUCCGCAGCAGCAGCGUUCCUGCCGCCCUCCGUCCUGCAGCGGCCCAACCUGACCGUCGCCGUCCGCGCAGUCGUCGAACAGAUCCUCUUUACCGACGCCAACGCCGGGGCACCCCCACGCGCUACAGGCGUCCGGCUUGCCAUUCAGCGCGGUGGCCCGCAGUUCGGCGUUGGCGCGACGCGCGAGGUCAUCCUCUGCGCGGGCGCCAUCGCCUCCCCACAGUUGCUCAUGGUCUCCGGCAUCGGCCCCGCCGAGCACCUCCGCGCGCGGGGUGUCAAGGUCGUCCACGACGCACCAGACAUUGGGCAACAUCUGAGCGAGCAUGUCAACUCGGGCUCGAUGCUCUUCAGGGCGCGCCAGAGCAUGACGCUCGACUGGCUCAAUCGUCCGGCAAACGCAAUCUUGGCCCUCGUCCGGUGGCUCAUUACGGGUGGAGGCCCGAUGUCCAUACCACCCACGGAGGCAGCGAUCUUCGUGCGCUCGGACGACGAAAGCCUGCCGUAUGCGCAGAAGGGCAGCGUGCCGACGCCCACUGUGUCAGGCAGCUCUGGGCCCGGCGCGCCCGACAUCGAGAUCGUGUUCUGCCCGAUGACGGUUAUUCGUGUCAACACCGGGUUUCUCGUACCCCCCUCCGACGUCGAGGGCGUCACCGUUGGUGCGAUCCUGCUGCAUCCAGAGAGCAACGGCUCGAUCACGCUGCAGUCAUCGUCCAUCUGGGACAAGCCGCUAAUUGAUGCGCAAUACCUGGCAUCUAAGAAUGACGUGCAAGUGCUGAUCAAAGGCAUGCGCCUCAGCCUCAAGCUUGCGAAGACGGAGCCGCUUGCGUCGUGCUUCCAGCCGAUUGCGCCUGCGAAGGAGGGGAUCGACCAUUACUGGGCAAGCAACGUUGAUCCAGACACGGUGACCGACGAAGAACUGGAGACACUCCUCCGGCGUAAUGCCCAGAGUGCGUGGCACCCGACGUGCACGGUGAGGAUGGGAACCGACCCGUUUACUAGCGCGGUGGACCCCAAACUUCGGGUGCACGGCGUGGAGGGCUUGCGCGUCGUCGAUGCGUCUGUGUUUCCGGCGCAAGUAUCGGGGCAUACAUGUGCGGUCGUCAUCGCGCUCGCGGAGCGUGCGGCAGACUUGAUCACGGGCAAGGUGACGGUUUGAGGGCGGAGCUUGACCUAUUUACAGUUUCGCUUGGGACUUGAUUCUUCUGCGUAUA